CAGGGUCUGACCCUGGACUGGCCCACACUGGGUCCAGUGCAGGGUUCAGCCAGGGUUGGCUUCAGUUGACAGGGGGAGGAAUUCAUUUGACCGAAAUACUCUCUUCUCUUCUGGGCUGUUGGUUUUUCAAGUGCAACAAAGAUUCAAUACAGCUCUAAGGAAGGAGCCAAGAGAAACAUUCCAUGCCCAAGUGAGACCCCGGAAGUGACACCCCGGAACACAGCUGAGAAACGGGCUCCAGCUGGGUGCCAGCAAGCUCAGGACUGGAAUGUGACUUCCGGCAGUGUGCAGGUGCUCCUGGGUCACCUGCUUUGUGGUCCAGCCUCCCGCCCUGCCCCAGGUGACCACAUGAUCACCGUGGACUUCGCCUUGAAACCUUUUUGGAGGAAAAUAAGCCUGACCUUGGGGCUGGCGGCCAGUGGGCACUGCCCUGGUCCAAGGCUGCUGCUCUUGACCUCUGCUCUGCGGCUGUUUUCCAUUGGAGAAGAGGCUCCUCCUGUCCCGCCCGUGGAGGAAAGCAAACCUCCCCCUGGGCCAGAGCGAGGAGAAAGGGAAGACAGGAGGCAACUCUGUGGACUGGUGAUGACAGGCUCUUCAGCUCCCUGCAAGUGACCGAGCCUGGGGAACAGGUUGGAAAGUCUCGGCUGUGUCUUGACCUCUGAGAGCCUGUCCCAGAUGACUUGGGCAGACCAUCUGCUGGACCAAGUUCUCACCCCAGCCACUCUCACUUUGCCUCAGGGCAUGGCGCAGGCACACCUGAGUCCCCAGCCCAGCGCUGCCCCCAGCCAGCCCCGUGUGUUCAAGCUGGUUCUCCUGGGAAGUGGCUCCGUGGGCAAGUCCAGCCUGGCUCUCCGGUACGUGAAGAAUGACUUCAAGAGUAUCCUGCCUACGGUGGGCUGUGCGUUCUUCACAAAGGUGGUGGAUUUGGGCACCUCCUCUCUGAAGCUUGAGAUCUGGGACACAGCUGGCCAGGAGAAGUACCACAGUGUCUGCCACCUCUACUUCAGGGGUGCCAAUGCUGCAGUUCUGGUGUAUGACAUCACCAGGAAGGAUUCCUUCCACAAGGCUCAGCAGUGGCUGAAGGACCUGCAGAAGGAGCUGCAGCCGGGAGAAGUCCUGGUGAUGCUGGUCGGCAACAAGACGGACCUCAGUGAGGAGCGGGAGGUGACCUUCGAGGAAGGGAAGGAGUUUGCUGACAGCCACAAGUUGCUGUUCAUGGAAACUUCAGCUAAACUGAACCAUCAGGUGUCGGAGGUGUUCAGUGCCGUGGAGAUGGAGUCUGACUGUCACCCAGGCUGGAGUGCAAUGGCAUGAUCUCAGCUCACUGCAAUCUCUGCCUCCCAGGUUUGAGCGAUUCUCCUGCCUCAGCCUCCUGAGUAGCUGGGACUACAGGCAUGCGCCACCAUAGCCACCUAAUUUUUGUAUUUUUUAGUAACAAUCGGGUUUCACCAUGUUGGCCCAGCUGGUCUCCACCUCCUGGCCUCAGGUGACUCACCUGCCUCCACCUCGGAAAGUGCUGGGAUUACAGGUGUGAGCCACCACAUCUGGUCCUGGGGUCAGAUUUCAACAUGAGGUUUGGAAGGGACAAAUAUCCAAACGGCAGCAACCCAGCCCCUGUUUGGGAAGAAAAACCCCACAAAAUGUUUUCCUGUUGGGUCUCUUUCUGGACACUGCUGGGGCAAGGUUAUUUCAAGUAUUUUUGGAAGGUGAUGUUGGUUUUCAUCCUUGCCCUUGGGACUCUGAUAAGCAGGUGUGAGUUUUAAACAAGACGUUGUUAUCCACCUGGAAAACGUGGCAUCAUUAUUGGCUGCUGUAAGGAUCAAGGCAGCAGAAAGCAAAGUGCCUUCCAUUUGAUGCUGAGCUUCAAGGGGAAAGGGCUCUGUGCCUGGAGCUUCCCUGGCUCCACCAGGCUUCCCUCUGCUCUCGUUCACUUGGCAUAGAGAUGCCAGGCUGUGACCUUCAGUGGGGUCCAGACCAUGGGGAGCCCUGCCAGGGGGCCAGGGAGAGGACACAGAGACCUCAGAGAGGGUGCGGGGCACAGCCCCUCCUGGCCAGCCUGCGUUUCUCAGCGUGCAAACCACAGUUUCAUAACAGUUCCUCCCUCAUGAUCCCUGGCCUCGUUAUCCUAACAGGAGGAGCCACCUGGAUCCACUGGGCCCCUGGAAGAUCCAUCUUUCAAUCUUGGGGACAAGGAGCCUCUUGGGUCUCCCUUGGAGUGUGGUUUUCUGGGGCUAGUGUGACUGAAAUGACCUUCUCACGUGAACUUUACUAGACAAAUGCAGACCAGAUUUCACAUACCUCUCUCAUGAGCUCCAAGAAAAGCUAAAGGAUGAAAACAGUAGCUUCUGAGAGCACUUGUUCCCUUGGUUUUCACGAGCACUGUCCUCACGAUUUCACAGGUGAAAUCCGACUCUGUUAUUGCUAUGCACAUUGCAAUUUACAGGUGCUAAUAAAGUUGGACCAUUUUCCAUGCAAGGAUUCCCUCGCCGAUGAAGAACAUGAAGUGUGAGUCCCCAGUGUGCUAGGCUGUGUCCUCGUGCCCCUGUGUCAGCGGGCCCUGAGCUGGGGUGGGGACCCACCUUGGGGGCGGCAGGAGGCUGGGGUUGCCCGUGGCCACCAGACGGCGCUCCAGCAUUGCGUAAGGCCGGCCCCACGGUCCUAGGGUCCUGAGUGCUUGCUCUGCCAAAGAGCAAAACGGGGGGGGCCCUCAGAGGAACUGCAGAAGAGUGGCCGGAUGAUGCUGACGGGGAGAAACACCAGGGGGGUUUGUAGGGUGCCUGGAUGCCUGACUGCGUGUUUCCCCCUCUGUCUUGGCGGCUACUGUGGCUAUGCCAGAAUUUAUUAUUAAAAUCUAUCCUUUUGCUCUCCA